UUUAAUGGCUGCCCCGGGCAUAGGAAGGUUGUCCCAAUAAGAACAUAUUCUAGAAAGCAUUAAUAGAGAAGGCACAAAAGAUUCAUCUUUGAAGCAGUAUAAAAAGCGCGAUAGCAUUUCGACCAAGUCUUAUCCCACCACAAAAAGAUAAAUUCCAAAGGAAGACAAAGAACAUAAUAAAGGAAAAAGGAAAUAAGCUUCAUCGAAGAAAAAUGGGAGCAAAUGGUUCAACUCUUUACGAGGCUGAAACAUUACCAUCCAACUCGAUUAAUGCACAAUCACCAACGAGGAAAGGUGGAGUUAUUGCAGUCCGCUCAUCGGCAAGAUGGAAGCACCUUUAUGAAGCCUCCAAGCAAACUUCAAAAUUGAUGGUGAUUGACUUUACGGCUUCCUGGUGCGGCCCUUGUCAGCUCAUCCAACCUGCAGUCAACGAGUUUGCUGAGAAAUAUACAGAUGUGGACUUCAUCAAGAUUGAUGUCGACGAGCUACAUGGUAUCGCAGAGGAGUUUGGAGUGGAGGUGAUGCCGACUUUCAAACUCAUCAAGAAAGGGAAAGAAGUGGAUAAGGUUGUGGGAGCUAAGAAGGAUGAACUGAGGAAGAAGAUUGAGAAACAUAGGUUCUAAGAUGCAUUCAUACCUUCGACUCCAAGAGGGGCUUUUGGUUUUUGUUAAUUCAACAACAUCAAUAAAAAGAUUCAAUAGAUUACGAGUAGCCAGACAUACCUUGUUCGCCCAGGGCGUGAUGAAUUUCUUGAGAAUAAGAUUGUAGAUUGCAGCUGUUCCCCAUUCUUGUCAUUGCCAUUGUAGAAUGUUCCGAAGAAAAGCCAUGCCUCACACCUUCAAUGCCAACAUUAUUAGUAUUCACAUAAA